UUUGUUAUCCGUCACCAUCGCCAAACCAUCCUCGGAUGCUUCCUCUUUGGAAAGGGAGGCAGGUGAGAGGGUUGUCAAGCAAGGUAUAUCCGUUCUGUUCGAACAAGCACACUGUGCCAAAUUCAUCCUAGCUAGUUGUAUCCACCAGUGUCAAAGAUACAAUGGGUCAGUGCUUGUCCAUUUUCAUUGAGCUACUGAAAGCAGCCCAGGAAGAAGAACAGCAGCAGCAGCAGCAGCAAACUCAUCAUCAAGAACCUCCUUCCACAGCCGAAACAUCAUCCUCUCCCAAUGCGGCUGCUACCUACCCUUCCCUCCCAGCAGAUGCGGAACAACACCGGGUGCGAAAUGUCUACGAUGGAGAUACGCUCACGCUUACCGACGAACGUCGGGUACGAUUCUUGGGAAUAGAUACCCCCGAGAUUAAAGAAAAACAACCCUUUGCGCAAGAAGCCAAGGCGUACAGCAAAGAUCUCUGCGACAAGAAGGAUAUCUGGAUCUCGUUUGAUGGCGACAACAAACAAGAUCACUAUGGACGAUUAUUGGCGUUCGUUUGGGUUCCAGCUCCAGAAAAUAAUAAUGGAAACAGUUACUUGUGCGUCAAUGAAGGACUCGUGGCCCACGGAUUCGCAUCGGCGUAUACGCCCAACAAUAAACAAGCGAAAUUGCACAAUUGGGACAAAUUGGUCCGUUUGCAAUCCAAUGCACGAACACAAAAACGAGGCAUGUGGUCCAAUUUCCAGGAUGACAGCGUCUACAAAACGGCCAACGGAGCUGCGUAUCAUCGACGAGAUUGUCAGCAUCUGACAAAAGUCAAACACGUCGAAGAACUCGCCACCAGUCAAGCCAUGGACAGGGGACUACAUGCUUGUCGGACGUGUAUGGGGUAAUGAAAGGUACGAGUGAGAGAGUAGUGUAGGAAAAAGAUAGAUGUAGCUAGCUAUCGACUGCAUUAUUCUAUG